AUGGCUGAUCUGCAAGCACUACGGGAUGAGCUGCUAGGGCAGCUCUGCAGGCGGUGUGCCGGAUGUGACAAGCAUGAUGCCAACGGGGAGGGUGGCGGAACUCAGGAUGGUGGGUCUAAAUCGGUGAAGGAGCCGGUGCGUGUAAAGUCCCCGGAGGAAAUUGCCCGCGACUUCAUCAACGCGGAAACCGGGGGCUGGCAGAGCCACUGCAAGAGCCAAUGCAGGGCACGGCAGCGCCUAACCUGCUCCUUUCCCCCCAUCUCCGUUAUCCCACUGCCUUACUCUCUGCCUAGCAGUGCAACUGCAGGGCUGCCACUGCAGGGCGUAGAAGGUGCCUUACCUGCCCCUUCCCCCCAUCUCCGUCUCGCCCCUUCCUUUACUCUCUGCCUGGCAGAGCCACUGCAAGGCAAAGAAGAUUCUAACCUGCUCCCUUCCCCACAUCUCCAGCCACUGCAAGGCACGGCAGCGCCUAACCUGCUCCUUUCCCCCCAUCUCCGUUAUCCCCCUGCCUUACUCUCUGCCUGGCAGAGAAACUGCAAGGCACAAGAGCGCCUAACCUCCUCCUUUCCCCCCAUCUCCGUUAUCCCCCUGCCUUACUCUCUGCCUGGCAGAGACACUGCAGGGCAGCCACUGCAAGGCACGGCAGCGCCUAACCUGCUCCUUUCCCCCCAUCUCCGUUAUCCCCCUGCCUUACUCUCUGCCUGGCAGAGAAACUGCAAGGCACAAGAGCGCCUAACCUCCUCCUUUCCCCCCAUCUCCGUUAUCCCCCUGCCUUACUCUCUUCCUGGCAGAGACACUGCAGGGCAGCCACUGCAAGGCACGGCAGCGCCUAACCUGCUCCUUUCCCCGGCAUCUUCGUUAUCCCCCUGCCGUACUCUCUGCCUGGAAGAGCCACUGCAAGGCACAGAAGAUUCUAACCUGCUCCUUUCCCCACAUCUCCAGCCACUGCAAGGCACAGAAGAUUCUAACCUGCUUCUUUCCCCCCAUCUCCGUCUCGCCCCUGCCUUACUCUCUGCCUGGCAGAGCCACUGCAGGGCGUAUAAGUUGGAAUACCCGAUCUUGGAGAAGACCGCCGACGGGAAGUUGAGCAGCAAACCCGACUACAACAGGCCAUUGUACGAGGAGAAAGUCAAGUGGUGCCGGAAGUGGGUGGAGCAUGCCGUCACCAACCUUGGGGUCGGCUAUGAUGAAGACAGGGACGUGUUUGUGUUUGGCAACGGCAUCCUCAUUGAUGCGAGUGACUACGCGGCUGGAUUCAAGACGACGACUAUUGUUCUGCAGUAG